AUGCCGUUUAUAACAGUGGAAAACAAAACUAUGAAGAGUUCAACUCCAACCGAUCUCUUCUCUCUCAUCGAACAGCAAAAACCUGUGGUUGGCCGAACAAGUGAAGAACUAAGUAAAUUAUCCGCUGAUGAUUUAGCAAGUUGGGGAGUGGAACAUGGUGCCGAAAUGGAAUACCGAGCAGAAUUAGCUCAUCGAAUUUCAGUGACGUUUAACAACGCCGAUACCAUACUUAUGUUCGACAAUAUUACACCUGCUGGACUGGAUGGAUUGACAGGAGCGGAUGUUAGUGAUUUCGAUCGAUCUCUCCUAUGUGCUCUGUGGUUUUCUACUGGCUUUCCUAAAGGAGGCAAAGUACUCGUUUAUGCACCGCCGAAUCCAGUCGAAAUAAAAAGUUAUUUGAAGUUGAAGAAACUUGUCGAACAACGUUUGAAAAAGCAAGUGCCUAUUGAAAUUCUAUACGAAACAGAAAAGGGCGAACUCUUGGACAUUUUGGAACUAUUUGUUAAAGACGAAGCAGAGUACACAGCAGUGUGUGAACGAUUUGCACAACGACCUUCAGAUCAAAUUAUACCAAGCUUCCGCUUUCAUCUUGACUUGAUACAACGUCAUUUGGAUAUAAUUACACGUAACUCACAAUGUACAUUCGUCUAUCCUUACCAAAUGUUGAAAGAAUACAAAGAAGAACUAAAACCGUACUCAAACAAACUCAUUCUACCUGAUGUUCCCUCGGACGACAAAGCAAAUCAUCAUUUCCUUCUAAAAUCGCACAAGUUUUCUGAACUUCUCGUUACAGUUGGUAUCGCUUCGGAUGGGACUACAAUCGAUGACUACAAAACCUAUGUUACUGCCAGUAAAACAGAACGCCGCAAGAAGACACCGGAAAAUGUGAAAAUAUUCGCACAGAGUAUUGUUCGUGCUGUGGAGCAUAUACAAAACGAUCUUCAUCUAGACACUUUUGCCAUAUACGAUGCUUCAGGUUGUGGUGGUGGAACCAACAUGAGUCCAGAUUCUUAUGCACUUCUCUACGAUCGAACCAAAUCAGAAAGUGAACGAGUGGAAUUUUUAGAAAAGCAUAUCAACGAUAGCUUGAAAGAACCACUCUUGCCAACGUUUGGUGUUGUUGAGGAAAUGGAAGCAGCAGAAAAAUGGCCUGGUGUACCUGCGGACUAUGGUGUUUGUGGAUUUGCGUUAAAUGGAAAGUUCUAUCCCACUUCUGUCAAUAUCGAAAGAACGACUCAUGGUCAAUAUGGUGGCAUGUGGAUGGCAGCGAAACCCGAUGAUAUCGAUGAUACUCUUGAAUUAUGGCAACGAAUAUUUGAUUCAUUCGAUCGUAUGGUGAAAAUAGAGGCAGAACCAUUGUCCUACAAGAAUGGCACCUACUCAACGGAUCUCUUCGUUACCUCCGACAAUCAACUGAAAUUACGUGAUUGGAAUUUACGUCGUGGUGGUCAUUCUGCACCUGAAUCUUUGAUUAUAUUUGGUAUGCCUAAUUAUGAAAUGAAAAUGACUUUUUAUUUGAAAGAUUUUGGCGAGCACAAUUUUCAUUUCAAUGCAGUAGAACUCUUUCACCUUUAUACACGUGUCGGCGAAAUUCUAGUAAACGAACAUUGCAUGAUUCUCAUCAAUACUGGACUGGGCUAUUGUGGUAAACUCGACAGCAAGGGAAAUGAUUUUCUCAAGUUUCAUGUAUUGGCUCAUCCAAGUUCUUUCAUCGACACUACUGCUAAUGGUGAUGAAGGAAAACCUAUACCCGAACGGGAUCAUCCUGCUAGAGUGACUGAAUUAGUUCGUGCUGCCGUCGCCAAAGUUUUACUUAGCAAUUGA